AUGGCCAAUCUCCCCAAGAAUGCCUCAAUGACCGAACAUGGAGUCCAUGAAAAGACCGAGGUAGAUCCAAGCCAUACUCGUCACUCAGAUGAAGAAUCAAACUAUGAACCCGACCUUUCCCGUUUGCCAACCAACACCAGUGUCUUGGAACGUACACUAUCGGCGGUGCGCACUCGGGAAUCUGGCAAAAAUCUCGGGCCGCCCCCGGAUGGCGGAUUUCAGGCUUGGUCACAGGUUGCCCUCGCACAUUUUGUUAUCUUCAAUACAUGGGGCUAUAUCAAUAGCUUCGGUGUCUUUCAGACAUAUUAUUCCCAGACACUGGGACAUCCACCCUCGGAUAUCUCCUGGGUUGGGAGUAUUCAGAUCUUUUUGUUAUUUUUCAUCGGUACUUUCUCCGGAAGAGCCACCGAUGCCGGCUAUUUCACAUUUACCCUCGCCUGUGGUGCUACUCUGGAAUGUUUCAGUAUCUUCAUGACCUCACUCUGCACGAAGUACUGGCAGCUAUUCCUGGCACAAGGUGUUGGCCAAGGUAUUGGGUGUGGACUCAUGUUCUGCCCAACCUUGGCUUUGGUCUCGACUUAUUUUGCCAAAAACCGUGGCAUCGCUAUUGGCAUCGUUGCCUCGGGUUCUGCGACGGGGGUCGGAUAUGGGUGGACAAUCCGGACGCUGGGGUUCAUCUCGAUAGCCACGCUGACUCCCUGUGUCCUGUUCCUCAAACAGCGUCUUCCUCCACGCAAGAGUGGCCCAAUUGUCGAGUGGGCUGCCUUUACCGAACUACCCUAUCUGCUGUUUGCGAUUGGCAUGUUCAUGAACUUCUGGGGGCUGUAUGUUGGAUUUUUCUACAUUGGCAGUUUCAGUCGUAACAUCAUCGGCGUGUCAAGCGAUCGAUCGAUCGAUUUACUCCUAGUAAUGAACGGAGUCGGAUUGGUGGGGCGAUUGGUCCCCAAUCUGCUUGCUGAUCAGUUCACCGGUCCUCUCAACCUAUUGAUCCCCUUCAGUUUCGCGACGGCCUUGGUUGGCUAUUGUUGGGCGGCCGUCAACAGUAUGCCCGGGCUGUGGACAUUUGCCGCAUGUUAUGGCCUCUUCGCUGCGGGUAUUCAAUCAUUGUUUCCAGCAACCCUCAGCACCCUCACGACUGAUAUGAAGAAGAUUGGUGUACGUAUGGGCAUGGUACUCAGUGUAGUGGCAGUGGCAGCCCUUAUAGGAUCUCCCAUUGCUGGUGAGUUAGUUGUUCGUGAUGAUGGCAACUACCUAUAUGCCCAAAUGUUCAUGGGAUCUGCAAUUUUCGUUGGCGGAUUGACGUUGAUUGGGGCCCGAGUGGCCAAGGUGGGCACUGGUCUGGUUCGAGUUUGA